CUCUUCUCCCCUGGGUUCAGCUGGGGGCCUUAUGGAACUUCAGGGUGCUGGAGGCCCCGUUGGUCUCCAUUUGCAGGUGUCUCACUCAGCGCAGCUGCCCAGAGCCCUGUGUCCUGAGUGAGUUCCAGUAGGCCAGCAGCUCUGGGUCUAAGCUUUUAAGGAAAAAAAAAAAAAAGCACUACCCUUGAUUAGGGGCAGCAUUCAUAUCUCACAUCCAGGUAGAAGCAGAAAUGGCCAGGAAUCCACCCCACUUUCUGGGCCCAACGAGGCCACAGUUUGAGAAUAUUCAGCACAGGCUGAGCAUCAAAUGGAUUUUGAACAUCUCUGGCUGCUACCGUUUCUGCCUCCCCCGUUGCUUUACUCACUGUGCAAGCUACAAAAAGCUGAGGGGACAGGAACAGGGAUGACUUCUGAUGGCAUGUUCAGAGGUGUGCCUGGGAAGUUGGAGCUCCAGCAGCGGAACCUUAAUGCCCAGGAUGAUCUUGUCUAACACCACAGCCGUGACACCCUUUCUGACCAAGCUAUGGCAGGAGACAGUUCAGCAAGGCAGCAACAUGUCAGGCCUGGCCCGCAGGUCCCCCCGCAGUGAUGAUGGCAAGCUGGAGGCCCUCUACGUCCUCAUGGUGCUGGGGUUUUUCGGCUUCUUCACCCUGGGUAUCAUGCUGAGCUAUAUCCGCUCCAAGAAGUUGGAACACUCCAACGACCCAUUCAACGUCUACAUCGAGUCUGAUGCCUGGCAAAAGAAGGACAAGGCCUACAUCCAGGCCCGGGUCCUGGAGAGCUACAGAGCAUGUUAUGUUGUUGAAAACCAUCUGGCCGUAGAACAACCCAACACACACCUUCCCGAGACAAAGCCCUCCCCAUGAACCCCAUCACUGGCUAAAACUGGACACGUCCUGCCUGGCAACCUGAUUUUCUAAUCACAUUCCUCUCAUACUCUUUAUUGUGACAGAUACUACUGGAUUUCUCUUUGGCUAUUGUAAGGUGUGAGGGGUGGGUUAAUGACAGUUUCACUGUUUCUCUAAAAUCACAUUCUUCUGUGAUAGACUGUCAGUGGUUCCCCCAUAUCUGUCCCUGCCUUGCUAAAUUUAGCAAAAUCCCUGAGGACAUGGCCUCUGAGAAUAGCAGCUGCAUUUCCCAGACUCCCUUGCAGCUACCAAGGUUGUGUGACUAAGCCCUGGCCAGUAGGCAUGGAAGUGAAGACUGCAGUGUCUAAGUAAUCCUUGGAAAGAAAAGAACGUACUCUUCACUUCCCUUGUCCUGCUUCCCAGUGGCUGGAUGUGGAGGAGGUGGAGAGCAGCUCUGAGUCUAGGAAAGAAUGGGGCACUCAAAGAGCCAUACACAUCUGGGCCUGGGCGAUGUGGAUCCUCCUUACCACCCACCAGGCCAGACGUACAGGAGAGAGAAAUCCACUCCACUCUUCCUUAAGCCACUGUUAUUCUGAUCUCUGUUAAGGUCACAGAAUCAGUGCCUUACUGAUACACCUGCCUUAUAGGACUGAACCUAAAGGGAUGACAUUUCCAUACUUGUCACAAGCACACACCGAUUCUGCCCUUGUCACUUCCGUGCUCACUCCUGUGGCUCUAUCUUCCUCCUGCCCUUCUGCCUCCCACUCCUCCCUUGCACCCACCCUGCACACAUCUCCCCGAAAACACACAGACACAUACACUCAUAUACAUAGAUACACACACACACACACACACCUCAAUCUAGAAAGAACUUGCUUUCUACAGGCCUAAGAUGGAGGAGAAAAAAAUGCCCCCUUCAGAAUGCAUACCAAGGAGAAGGUGCUCGGUCACUGUGGGAGUGGGGAGAGAUGUCCCCACUCCCCGAGAGCCAGGGGAAGGAGCGGCUGUGGGCAGAGAGGGAUACAUGGCGCUAGGGUGGCAGGUCCUUUUGAGGUGAUGGGCUGGUUUUGUGAGUUGAAUCGUACCCCCCAAAAGACAGGUACCUUCAAUGUGACCUAAUUGGGAAAUAGGGUCCUUGCGGAUGAUCUAGUUGAGAUGAGGUCAUUGGGGUUGGCCCUCAACCAAUAUGACUGGAGUCCUUAUCGGAAGAGGAAAAUUCAGACAUAGACGCAUAGGGAGGAAACCAUGCCGUGACAGAGGCAGAGGGUGCGGUGACAUAGCCGCAAACCAGGAAAGCCAAGGAUGGAUGCACAUUCCCAUCCCAAGAAGCCAGGAAGAAGCCAGGAAGAAGGCAGGAAGGCUCCUCCCCCACAGGUUUCGGAGGAGGCACAGCUCUGCUUGCAUUCAAACUUCUGGCCUCCAGAACUGUGAGUCAGUGAGUAUCUGUUGUCGAAGCCACCCAGCUUGGGAUACUCUGGCAGCCUACUGCCAUACGGUAUUGGAAUACUGUAGUGAGCUCAUGCAGCACCUCUCACCCACCCAGAGAUGGAGCUGCUCUGCUUUCCAGCGGGGCACCUGGAGGGGCCACCCCAGCAGAUAGAGAGGGACUCCGUUCUGCUACCUGCCUUGAGAGGGUCUCCAGCUGCCAUCUGUAGCAUCGGAGUCCUCUGCAAUGCGACAUCCUGAAAGCUCAGCUGCCUGGGCAUUCCUGAAGAGUAUGGAAUAUUUAAAUGAAACUUUUUUUUAAAAUCUGCACAUAAGAUAAAAGCAGCACGUGUGCAUCUUUGGCCAUCCUCAAAUGGACAGACUUGGUCUUGUGAGGUCCCAGUCCUUGUUUCACAUAAUAAACACUGGCAUGGCUCAGCCCCUGAGUUACCAUCUUAGAGAUGAGUGGUUCUUUGGGUCUGAAAGUCCGGAGAGAGCUGUGAUCUUUGCCCCACCCGAAUAAUGCAUAUGGACACCACACCUUGCCUACCGUGUCCAGGGUUCAUGACCAGUGGCAGCCGGACUAUGCCUGCCGUGUCUCACGGCCCCUAUGUGAGCCAGACCCUUCUUAGGCAGUUGUAUAUUUCCAGACUGAGGCAGGGCAGGUUUGCAGAGAGAGACCCAGAGUGCACGUGACCUGCAGUGUGAUCCCUGGCGUGCACUGACUUUGAUAUUCCAGGCACACGGACAGGCUUUUUAUCACCACUUCAUUUUCCCCACUAAGAUUCCUGUGCCUUUUAAGGCAGAGGGAGAUCCCUGUGGCUUUAGUCUUCCCAGGCCUUAAAGGGCCCUUGUCUUCACUCACAAACCUCUUAUCUCUUCCUCCCUCCCCUUCCGCUUCAUUUUAAAGGGGGAGAGGGAAAAGUAAUCGGGAGACAAAUUGAACCACAUAUUUUCAGACACUUGUUACCAUAUUUUAAAAUUCAGCUUCACAUACACAGAGUCUUUGCUAUGCACCGUGUACUGUUCUAAGCUCUUUAAAAAUAGAAUCUCAAUUAUUAUUUUGCAAGCAAUACCCUAUGCAUUCAUUAGCUAGGACAACAACACUUUUUACAGUGUUGAGAUUUCGUUAAAAAAUUAAAGCCGUUUACUAUGAUC